AUGAUAAGAAACAAAAAUUACGUCAACAACAACAACAACAUUACUAGUAAAAAUAGCUCCAGCAUAAACAACCAGAGACACGCCAACAACAACAACAAAAACAUCAACAAGCAAAACGCUGAAGAUGACUUCAACAUUCAUGAUGGCAUAUCAAUUGAUAGUUGCCAUCACCACCAACAACAUCACGCUAACAACAACAACAACAUUAACAACAAUAACAGCAGACUAAACAUCGCAACUUCGUCUUCAGCAACACCAUCAACAACAUUCCAACAAAAAUCUCCAUAUUAUGACACAACCACUUCGACGACCGUCACAUCUCUGACAUCUACCGACUACAGCAGCUACCAGCAGCAGCAGCAGCUACUGCUAGCUGAGUUCGACACAGAUUAUAAAGAAAACGCCGAACAGUUUGCUGACGUCAGCGUGCAGAAUGUAAACAUUUCAUGCAGCAACAGCAACAACAACAACACCGAUCUUAACAACAACAGCAGUAAAUGCAUGAACAACAGCAACAUCAUCAUCGACAACAACAGUACAGAUUCAUUCCAACAAAAACAACACCCUGAAACGACCGAAGACACUAAGUACAACGCAGAAACGGAAGAAGAUCGAAAAUCUCACGGAAAAGCAUUCGGCGGGCAUUUUGCGUCUUCUCGUUACGGAAUUGACGAUGACGUCAUCUCGAAUCGAACCGGAAGUCGGCCAUCUUCUCCAGCCUCAACGACUCCAUCUUGCGAAAAUUUUUCUCCCCACUCGCCGUCGAUGAAAGGCGGGAAAAUGGGAUCGGCUCCCUCCUACCCCUGGAUGUCUAUAGUGGGUCCCAACUCGAACCAACGUCGUAGGGGCCGUCAGACCUACACCCGCUAUCAGACCCUGGAGCUCGAGAAGGAAUUCAAAUUCAAUCGCUACCUCACCAGACGUCGUCGCAUCGAACUCAGCCACACCCUCUACCUCACCGAACGACAGAUCAAAAUCUGGUUUCAGAACAGAAGAAUGAAGGAGAAAAAAGAGGUCCAGGCAAUCAGAGAAUUGAAUGAAAUUGAAAAAACAAAAAUCGGCUGCUUUGGAUCGCUUCGCUCGCCUUGCGACGACGACGACGAUGACGACGACGACAUUGACGGCAGCGGCAGUAGUGGCGUUUGUGGCGUUGCCAGCGGCGGUAUUGGUGGUGGCGAUUGUAGAAAAGUUAGUGGCAACAGUGGAAGUAGUAGGAAUGGCUUAAGUAGUAAUGGUGGAAAUGUCAUGGGUGGAAUUAAUGGGGCAGGAGGAGGAGCUAACGUUGUCAAUCAUGACGAGUUGAUUACGUCAUGUCGUGACGUUCCAUCGCAGCAGAAUUGUUUGAAUGGCAACAACAACAACAAUAAUAAUAUAAAUAAUAAUAAUAUAAAUAAUAAUAAUGGUGUAGAGAUGAUGGUCGGGAUGGUUUGUAGCAGCGGUAGAAUGAUGAUGGAGGGAGUUGAUUACGGCGGUGGCUAG